GCCACCUGGCGACGGGUGGAGAGACGACGGCGGAUUCCUUCGCCCGGCACCUUCACUUGGCUCUGUCAGCCAUCAGCUCACUGCACGCCGUCCUAUCGUCUUCUCACUCGUGCUGUUCUACCGGAAUAGGAUUCCUCCUGAAAAAUGGGAAUAUCCCGAGACCAUUAUCACAAGCGCCGUGCCACCGGCGGAAAGCGGGCCCUCCUUCGAAAGAAGAGGAAGUUCGAGUUGGGUCGUCCUGCUGCUAACACCAAGUUGGGACCCCGAAGAGUUCACACCGUGAGGACACGAGGAGGAAAUACCAAGUAUAGGGCUUUAAGGCUCGAUACGGGAAACUUCUCCUGGGGUUCUGAAUGCUGUGCUAGGAAAACUCGUGUGAUUGAUGUUGUUUAUAACGCUUCAAACAAUGAGUUGGUUCGAACUAAAACCCUCGUCAAGAACGCCAUCGUCGUCAUCGAUGGUGCCCCCUUCAGACAAUGGUACGAAGGGAACUAUGCUAUUCCCCUUGGCAGGAAAAAGGGAAAUAAAUUGACCGAAGCAGAAGAUGCCAUCCUGAACAAGAAACGGUCCAAGAAGGUUGAAAAGAGACUAAAGAUAAAACAGAAACAAUCUAAAGUGGAUCCAGCCCUUGAGGAACAGUUUCAGACUGGCAGAGUAUUGGCGUGCGUUGCCAGUCGGCCAGGUCAGGUUGGACGAGUUGACGGUUACAUAUUGGAGGGCAAAGAGUUGGAGUUUUACCUCAGAAAAAUUAAGGCCAAGAAAGGCAAAUAGAUAUAUGUACCAUCAUUUGUAAGACCUGAAAACGGAUUACGUUUCUAAUAAAACUGGUUUGAUUUAAAUCAA